AUGUUCCCCGAUGAGCUCAAGGGACUGACGCCGGUCGAAGAGAAGCUCAUCUCGCUGAACUCAUGUUACGGGAGCUGGCCACCAAAGUGCUCCCGCACCCUUUUGCAAGCACUGGACGAGAUCCACAUCUCGUGGCAGGGCGCGGAGAAGCCGGCACCGAGUGACCUGUCGAGUCUCUUGUCGGUGAGGCGGCGGGUGGUCGAGAGGGCCCUUGUCUGGCUGAAGCGGAACAACCCCCACUACGCCGAGAUCGAGAUCGACGCGGCGGAGAUGGAGAGCUGGGGAGACUCGAUACACGGGGUACCGUCGUCGGUGUGCGAUCGGCCGGUGGAGAUCGAGGAGCUCUUCGCCCUGCUCAACCAAGGACAAGAAGCCGGCGGCCAGGGUGAAGGUCACGGGCCCAACGGAGAAGGCGCGGUUCGCGAUGGAAGUGACGCCUGCCCCGACCAGAACGUUCCAGCGAUCAACGAGGUGACGUCUUCUGGCAUGUUCGCGCUCGACGGACCGCCAGACGUCGCGGACGUGGAGAAGCUGCAGUUUGCCUGUGACGCUGUUGGUGAAGGUGCCGACGACGGCCGUGCGGGCCCGAGAGCGUGGGUCGGGUCCCUAGCCGGGGGGGACGUUCCCGACCCUGUUCCCAUUUGGCGUUGGGGACCAAGAAAGGCUAGCGGCGGCGAGGGUCGAGUUGGAGAGCUCGGCCCAUGUCGAGAGGUCCGUCUCAAUAUGCGGCGGAAAAUCCAGUCGCUCAUCGUCGGAUAUGGCGUGCCGGCCAUCUGGUUCACCAUCAACCCGAACGACAUUACGAACCCGGUGAAGCUGCGACUGGCGGCAUACCGCACACGCGAUCCCGACGCGGCCGAGGAGUUCUUAGAAGGCCUUGGGGAUGCGUAUAAGCGGGCACGGCUGGCGAUAUCGGAUCCCAUGAGCUCGGCCGUGUUCUUCCACCGCGAGAUGAAGCUGUUCUUCGAUCAUUACGUGAAGGUCGGUGAAGACUCGAUGCUUGCCGACAUCCACGGGGAGGAUCAGGCGGCGUAUCGCGAGCGAAUCGUCCGAUACAUCGAUAGCGUCUUCUCAGAGGAUCUGGACCAGGAAAGUUUUUGCGCCGUGCAAGCGGAGCGAUCUGUGACGGGCGGUAUUGGUUCCCUGCUGGACAACGCCGCGCAGUUCUCGGCCGCGUUUAUCGAGGAGGCCAACUUCUGUGCCGGCGCGACGCAGGUGCACACGCAUAGCCCGACCUGUGUGAAGUAUUCCUUGGGCAAAGGAGGGCGGAAAGGGGACCUCUGCCGGUUCAAGGCGCCAUGGAGGUUAGUCGACAAGACCGCCCUCACGGCAGACGGGGUGCUGCAGAUCCGGAGGACACACAGCAUGGUCAAUCGAUGGAACGAGGCUAUUGCUGUCGGGCUCCGGCACAACCAUGAUAUUUCCUUCAUUGCGACGCAGCGCAAGACAAUGGCCCUCAUCUAUUAUGUCACGAACUACGCGACCAAGGUGGAGGACCCGGUGUGGAAGCGUGUGGCGGCCGCGGCCGAGCUCCUGGCCGCCUCAACAGGGAACAGGACGCGACAGUUCCUGAUGAGAGUGGCGAACCGCGUGUUCACGGAGCGUCCGCUAUCACAGGUCGAGGUCGUCGCUCACCUUCUCGGAUAUCCGGCCGAGUUCACCGACAGCAGCGCGUGGGCGUACCUGAACUGUUCUCUGCUGUACUGGGAAGUCUUUCGGCGAUGGCGGCAUCUCCGAGAAGCCAGUGGCGCUGCGGCUACGGAUGACACCUUGGAUGAGUCGGUGCUCAGGCGGCCGGGCAAGCACGCUACCGUCUGCCUCGACGGCUACCUGAGCAAGGACUUCACCUACGAUGACGAGUCGUGCUACCGGAGGGCAGCCGUGCAGCAUCUUGCGCUGUUCGUGCCGUGGAGUCCUUCCUGGGCGAAGGAACAGCUGCUUCGACGAUCCGCCGAAGACGCAAAACGCGACGCCAAGCAAUGGGCAGCCUCGUCCGGCGAUGGCGACCCGACGGUCGCACACGUCGAGGAGGGUGGAGCAGGCGAGGCGGGCGCGGAGUCUGCAGCGACAUAUCAGCCCAACAGCAUCGGAGACGCAACGCGGCUCAUCGACGUCGUCCGAGGUGCAGUGGGAGCGAAUCAGGUGACGGCCAAGUCGCCGGAGCUCAUGGCAAUGAUACAGCAGCUCUGUCGGUUUCAGCAAUCGGCGCUGCGCUCGACGGCCGAGCUCGAGGCCACGGCGCUGAUCGAACGAGAGAGGCGGUUAAGCAUGCCAGGGCGGGUAUUUUCCGGGGCCGCACUACCGCCGCAGGAUCAGGUCAAGGCUAUCAAGUCGCAGCAGCGAUCGCCGCGCAGCGUUGCGAAGGGUGAUGACCGGUUUCGGGAGGACGAGGUCGAAAUGACGAUGGCCGACUCCGACGAGACCGCUAUCGACGCAGGGGCGGGAAUGGACGUUCAGUUUGGCCCAUCAACCUCCUUCCUCGCGGCGGGCAAGGUGUUGGCAACACGGCUGACGCUGAACAAGAGGCAGUCCAUCGCUUUUCUGAUAAUAUGCCGGCAGCUCGAUUUGAUGCAGCAGACCGACGGGGCGAUGCCUGCCAGCUGCGCCAGUUCGUCGGUGGCGAGGGCGAGCCUUUCGAAUCGUCUGCUGAUCACGGCGACGUCGGGGACUGCGGCGGCGCGGAUCAACGGCAUCACGAUCCACCCGCCUGCGGGUUCACUAAAGACCAAGGGGCGGGGCGCGAACAUGGUCAAAGACCUUGACGGGGUGCGGCUGCCGAAACAGGCGGAGCGGUUCAUCCACGGCCAGUCUCGAAUGGAUUGGCAGGAGAAGGAUGUGCUCGUCAUCGACGAGGUGAGCAUGCUCGGGGCGCGGACGCUGCACGCCGUGAACGAGCGGCUUCGCCGGCUUCGCGGAUCGCGGCAAGAUUUCGGGGGGAUCCCCAUCGUCCUCUUCUGCGGAGAUUUUCAGCAGUUCCGGCCGGUCCAAGAGAGGUCGAUCGUCCUGCCUAGCGCGGCCAUCUCGUGGGACGUAGACAACUCGUUCAAGGCCGAGCAGCGUCACCAGCACGACAAAGCGCACGCACUGUGGAAGAGGUUCACGACGGUCGUCAUGCUGGACGAGCAGAUGCGCGCCGCCGGCGACCCGGAGCUGCAGAGGCUGCUGAAGCGGAUCCGUCUAGGCGUGCAGGAUCGGACGGAUCUAAACCUCCUCAACUCAAGGAAUCGGUGGAACCUGAACAUGGAGGCGAGCCUGGCGUUCCGGGUCCAGCAGCGGUCGACGAUGCGCAUUUUCAUCUCCGAGCACAAGUGGAAGGAGGAGCUGCCGACGGAGGAAGAGGCGAUCAUGAUACUCAACCAGGGCGACGAUAGCGCGAUCCCGGUGCCGGCCGUCUUCAUGUUCGUGGCCGGGAUGCCCAUCGUCGUGAACCACAACACCCACCAGGGGCUGAAGCUAGUGAACGGCGCGAGCUACUCGGCGGUGGAGGUCAUUGUCGACAAGGCGUACCCGGGGCAUCGGAUCUCGGCCGAUAUGACGAUCCACUUCGGCCGCCGGCGGGGAUCAUUCUCGAAUCGGAGACGACGAGAUAUCUCCACUUCGUCGGGAUGCCGCCGGGCACGAUCUUGUUGA